AUGCAAAAUCAGUGUAUAUUCUCAUUUACUUUAAUUUUUUUUUUUUUUCCUUUUUUUCUCUUCUUUCAUCUUUGGUGCACAAGAACAGAGGUGUCUGAUUUUCAUUUAUGUCGUGCAGAAUCUCCAGCAAAUGAUCAAAUUAGUUCAUCAGAGAAAGCAAUCAAUGCCACCACCAAACUACCAUCAAACCCCGAAGAAGUGGAAGACCUGCGCCGUUCUUCAACAAACAAUCCGUUAAUUGUGUUCACAUUCGACGAGUUAAGGAACAUCACUGAAAAUUUCAGACAUGAUUACAUGUUGGGAGGAGGAGGUUUUGGAAAUGUCUACAAAGGCCACAUUUCUCAAGAUUUCGAACAGCGAAUGACUGUUGCUGUUAAGGUUCAUGAUGGUAAUAAUAGCCAUCAAGGUCACAGGGAAUGGCUCGCUGAGGUGAUCUUUUUGGGGCAGCUUUCUCAUCCAAAUCUAGUGAAAUUAAUCGGAUAUUGUUGUGAGGACGAACAUCGAGUUCUAAUAUAUGAGUACAUGUCAAAGGGUAGUGUUGAAAACAACCUAUUCUCGAGAGUGUUGCUUCCUCUUCCUUGGUCUACUAGAAUGAAGAUAGUGUACGGUGCUGCAAAAGGACUUGCUUUCCUGCACGAAGCACACAAACCUGUCAUCUAUCGUGAUUUUAAGACAUCCAACAUUUUACUGGACCAGGAGUACAACGCAAAGCUCUCGGAUUUUGGGCUAGCUAAAGACGGUCCAGUAGGAGACAAGUCUCAUGUUUCUACUCGCAUUAUGGGAACAUACGGUUACGCUGCACCAGAAUACAUAAUGACAGGCCACCUGAGUCCAAGGAGUGAUGUAUAUAGCUUCGGAGUGGUGUUGCUAGAGAUUGUAACUGGCCGAAAAUCACUAGAUAAAUCGAGGUCGGCGCGUGAGCAGAAUCUGACAGAUUGGGCGGUGCCUUUGCUUAGAGAGAAGAAGAAAUUGAUAAAUAUAGUGGAUCCAAAACUAGAAGGGAAUUAUCCAAUAAAGGAUGUUAAUAAAGCAGCAAUGCUUGCUUAUCACUGCUUAAAUCGAAAUCCGAAAGCAAGGCCUUUAAUGAGAGAUAUUGUAGCUUCAUUGGAGCCUCUCCAAGAAGGCAUUCUUUCUGCUUCCGAUGAUCUUCUUGUUUCCAACUGACAUAUAUAAAACAUUAUUACUGUAGCUUCAUUGGAUAAGCGGUUGUUGUUUUGAGAUAAUAAUUGAUUGUACACCACAGACGAAAUCUGCUUUUUCGAAUAUGUAUUCUUGUUACAUAUAAAUGUGUCCACUUGAGACA